UCGUUUUUGUGUCUCUACCUCGCGAGGAAGAAAAUUUUCAACAGAGCAGGAAACAGAGUUGAAACAGAAACAGAAAGAGAAACAUUUGCCAGCCGGCCGGCCGGUUUUUCAUCAUUUCUGAUUGAGUGUUGCUGUUGAUUUCUGAUUUCUGAUUGUGUGUACGUGUUUGUUGUCUGUUGUCGCCAUCGAUUGUAGUUUCAACCGCUGAACGCUCGUAGCUCGAAGCUGAACGAUCACCACCGCUCUCAAAUGGUCACCAUGGAGAACAGCGACGAGAUUCUGCAGAUCCUGGAGCGCUUCACCCGCCUAAAGCAAAAGGAGAUACCCAAAGAGCUGGAGGACUAUCUGCAAUAUGUCGCUAAGACCGGUGACACCAUCUUCAAGUGGUCCAGCCUCAAGUAUCUGUUCCGCGAGAAGCUGCUCAACGUCAUCAAGCACUUCAACGAGGAUUCGCCGCGAUUGGAAGAGAUUCCCAACUAUCCGAACGUGGAUCCCUUUAACUAUGAGACCAUGAAGUCGACGCUUUUGGAGCGCCUCGAUCUAUUCAACGCUGCCCCGUUCACCGUGCAGCGGUUGUGUGAGUUGCUGAUCGAUCCCCGGAAGCAGUACUCGCGGAUUGACAAAUUUAUGCGCGCCCUGGAGAAGAACAUACUGGUUGUCAGCACCAUCGACCCGGGUCGCAAGCGCACGGAGAGCGAAAACGGCGACUCCCUGGACUCUGUGGUCAACGGCGACCUCUCGCUGGAGGUCAACAUCGACAUCGAGAUGGAGAACGAGGCCUCGUUCAACAACGGCAAUGCCGAGGAGGGCUCCGCCCCCAGUUCUGGGUCUGGCGCCCUCAAGGCAAGCUGCCCCCGAUCCGAGGGAGGUCCCCAGCCCAAGGCAAAGAAAGCCAAGCUGGAGUUCGAGGGCGAUGAGGAGGCCGCCGAUGCCUCCAGCAAGAAGAGCGACAAUGACGAGACUGAUGCCCGCCAGGAGGCGGCCGAGAUCGAAGAGCCUGACGAGGAGAUCGAGGAAGCCGAGGACUUGAAGACCACCAAGCAGUCUCUAAACGGAGCCAAGCAGGGGGAGAGCAGCCCAGCUGCUGCUGCCGAGGACGACGACUCCAGUGCCUCGCCAGAGGCCGAAAAAGAUACCGCCGAUGAAGAGAUGGAAAAGGAGCCGAAACUCGAUGAGAAGGAGCAGGAUAAGGAGGAUGAAGUGGCCGAGCCGCUGAAGAAGAUCGUUGAGAAGCAAGAAACCGAAAAGGCAGAGAAGUUGGAGAAGCAAGAAGAGAAACUGUCUGGAAAGCCAGCUAAAGAUGACGCUCCUGCCGAUGAGAAGUCCUCCAAAGCUGAGGCUGACAAGGACAAGGAGGAAGCAGUAUCUCCUGAUCCCGAGGAGAAGACCACAGAUGAGAAAGAAACAGCCGAACCAGCCGAGAAGCAAGCUGAGGCACUAGAAAAGGAUAAGGAGACCCAGGCCGAGGCCAAGCCAGAAGCCGAAUCCAAGGAGAGCAAAUCCGAAAAGACUGAGACUGAGUCGCCGGCCAAGGAGCCGCAAAAGAAGGAGAGUCCGGAGAAGGACGAGCCAGAGGAGAAGACUGCCGAGCCGGCAGCCGAUGCCGAUAAAAAGGUAGACCACGAUAAGACUGCCGAUGAUGCCAAGGAGGAGCCAGAGAAGGAAACAGCAGCUGUCCCCGAAGAUGUGGCAGACGCUGAUGCCGCUGAUGCUGCCACACCAAAAUCUCCGGUGGCAGCUGCUGCCACCGAAUCAGUUUCAACGCCGCCGCCUGUUGCAGAAGCAGCUGCCGUCGCCGUCGCCGCCGCCACCGCCGUCGAAGCUGAGGGUGAGGGUGUGGAUGAUGCCGAGCCAGCUGCCGUAGCUGGGGCUGUCACUCCGCCAGCAUUGGCAUUGAACGAUCAGCCCAUGGAGGACACCCCCGCCGAGGAGGAGGCACGCGACGAAGAGGUGGUUAUGGCCGAUAGCGCUCCGCCACCGGCCUCCGCCGAAAUGGCCACAGACGACGUUGCCAAGGACGAGCCGGCCGCCAUGGAGGUGGACGACACCAGUCAGGAGGUAAUGGACCAGUAGACACUGCACGUCGAUAGCGGCGACUUCAACUACAUUCAACUACUACUCCAUAUUACUUAGCAUUGUAAGUCAAGCGCCCAUCCCGCGGGUACCAUAGAUGUAAUCCAAUCCCCCACGCACCCCUCCGCCCCGAAUUUGAAGCCGUGAGAAUCUCUGCGGCGGUUUCGGGGCCCCACCACCACUCCCCCUUUGUAGGCGUAAGUUAAAAAGCAGUCAAGCCUAAGUUUAGAGUACUCUGUUGACUGUGUUUCGUGUUCCACCAAUCUGUGACCCCCUCGUUGGCCGCCCUCUAGUUUUGUGUAUUUAUGUAUUUUAAUUAAUAUGGAUAUUUUAUAGAAGAAACCCCCAGAGAUCCACAUCCGAUCAUAUACAUCUCGUGUUCCUAGUGUUCCUGUGCCUGUUUCCAGUUCCUUGUCCUGUUCCUGUUCCUGUUCAUGUCACUGUCCCUUGUAGCCCCCCUCCCUUGUUCACCUUUCCUUCGCCACUCUCAUGUAACUUUUUUUUUUUGGAUAAUCUAGUAGUAGUCUGCCUCCAGGCAGAUGUGAGCGAUUGAACCCACAAUAAAAAGUAUCUAUACAAAAAUAA